AUGGGCAGGAUAGAAGGCUCCUACGCCGUUGUCUACUUGGGAAACAUCUUCACUCCCUAUUCUUUCUGCUCGGCACGGACAAACAAGCCUGCUCCGGAACUUCACGCACAAACUCCAAGUGAAUUGCUAGUACUCAACCUCAAUCUCUAUCAGCGUUCAUUGACAUUGGAGAAAUUCUUCCUCAACACACCGAAUCUCUUGAUCCUCCUCCGUGGCUCGAUCUGCAGGUCGUCGCACGGCCAACUUAUGCGCUCCAAGCGGCAAAAUUCCCAUCACGCUGCUUGGAAGUACCUCAAAGACUCAUGCACGCUCUUCCAAACGUGGAUGUCCGGCCACGAGAACUGGGAAGACGCCGUGAAGGGGUUCAAGAUGCCUCACAUUGGCACUCGGUCCAAGAUCAAAGCUACCGAAUUCAUCGAGGGCAACCAAGCCUGCGUACCAAAGGCCAUCAUGAAGGCCCUGACGCCAAUCCAGUUCCAAGAUCCCAAAGUUUUGGAAAGGGGCCAGGGCUAUUCUCACCACAUCCCUUUUGACGACGAUCUGACCGACCUGGUACUGAACGCCGUCGGGGAAAGAGGCAAGCUCGAGGGUAAGCAGCAAGAAAGCAGUGAUGAACUGGAGCCGUCGGAUGCAGAAGCCGUGGCCACUAAUGGUGCCACGAGGGAGGCAAGCGAUAAGGACCGUGACGACGCCAAAAGAUGGAAGGACAAGGCCCACGCUACCAUGCCGAGAAUUGCCGACACGGUCACUGAGACUCUGGCCGCAGAGCAGACGAAGCUGCUUGGGAAGGGGUGCCGGCAAGGAUACGAAGGACGCCAGGGCCAAAUCAAGCGGCAAAGAAACGGCGGAAGCAUCGGCCCACCGCCGAGCAUCAUGGACACGAUCGAGGAAAGCGACGAUAAUCGCUCGCCUGAACCUUCUGUGGUCAGGAUAUCUGCCGCCAGGGAUGACGAGCAGCUCGGGGGACGAAAAGCCGGUUACGAGAAGCUCAAGAAAGAUUACGAAGAGCUAGCAACACGCUGCUGCAACCUCGAAGGCAGUUGUAAGAGGCUGGAAGAAGAAACUGAGCAUUUGAUCAAGCAACAGAAGGACAUGCGGCACGGCCACGGCGCCGGCAAGCAAGAUCAAGGUCAACUUGCCCAGAAAUGCAGUGAACUCGAGGCUCAGAUCAAGACUCCCGAGCCCCUGCAAGCGCUCAGGCUCACGGUAUCCGCGCGCCUUGACAUGCCGACCUUCGAACCCGACUGGGACCCCGAGGAGGAGGUCUACAGCCGCCGCGUCCCCAGCUACAUCCGGUCUUCGCGGAUGACGAGCUAUCCGGACCCUGUCAGCACCAGCAGCGCUUCAUCGGCGCCUUACUUUUACGUGAACCCAGCGGGGAGAGUUACAACACCGACUCCAAGCCUAACUCCGAUGCUGGCGCCAACUCAAUCUUCCGAGCCUCCGGCUCCCGUUCCAGCACCGACUUCUUAUCCGGUCCAGGCCCCUGCUCCAGUGCCAGCCCAAAUGCCAACGCAGACAUUGGAGGUUCCCUUCUGUCCCGACGGUCAGAAACUCCCGUCCUCACCACCGACACGGCCUACACGUCCGCCUCUUUUCAGCCCCAACCUCAGGCACAACUAA